UCUUGUUGGAAAAGAGAAGAAACCCCUCUGUCUCUGUCUCUGCUCCACUUCUGCUCCAACGCAGGGCACGGGGGUACUAGCUGCUUCUCUUCUCCUCCUCACCAUCUCCACCACCUCGCCUUCUCCGAGUUCUUUCCGCUUCGGUCGCCUCCCUGGGCGUAGACCCACCUCGCCGGAGGAGCCGAGAUAGCCCUCCCCUCUCUCGUCAGACUCGUGGAUUAUAACGAGAUAGAACUUGACUUGGUUGUUAGACUGGCUGGACAGAGAGGAACUAAAGGAAAUGGAACAGCAGCUCAUGUGCCCUAAAGGAGGAGCAGGAUCUGUACUCAACCUUAAUCCAGGCUCUGCACUAUCUAUUGCAUAUCACACAAAGUAUGGUCCACAUGAUGAUAUACUUCUUCUUGAGCUUGAUGAGAAGCUCCUCCCUGAUGUCACAAACCAAAGAGUUUUCUUAAGAGGGCAGCCUGAUGAAGAUGCAGUUCUUUGUACUCAAUCCAAGACUUAUGCAAUCAAGUUUGUUGGUACUUCUAAUUCUGUGUGCCUUGUGCCUCCAUCCAAUCAAUCAGAGAUGGGCAAAGAGUUGCAAGAUCGUGCGGGAAAUGGUUGUGACCAUGAAGCGGCAACAGUCAUCAAACUCGCAUCUGGUAGUAUGGAAAUUGUUGAAGUUGCCCCGAGGCUUGACAAGCUCAAGUCCCUUCUUUCACAGGCUCCUUAUGGGAUUGAGGAGGCAUCGGAGAUGGAGGUGGAAGGGAUGGAAAGAGACAAAACAGGUUUGUAUAAGUGGGAUGAUCUUGUCAAUGAGGUUCAAGCAAGUGAUGGAGAACUGAGAUCUGGACUGCAGGCUCUUUCAGCAGUUGAGAUUGAUGGGUAUUGGAGGAUAAUAGACGAUUCUUACAUGGAUAUGAUCCUGAGGAUGCUUUUGCACAACUCCGUAUUGAUGGACUGGCCACUUAAUGCUCUUGACCAAGAUGAAGUAUUGGGUGUUCUUGAAUCAGAUGGUUUUCCUCGCAAGGUUGCUCACCAUUGUUUGUCCAUGUAUGGUGACAAGUCAGAGGAAGAUGGGAGCAAGUGUAUCUGGAAACUGGAUGAGAAACGGGUUUGUGUGCAUUUCGCAAGGAAUAUCCUGAGGGAGGGGAAGAUGAAGAUGGAGAAAUUCAUAGAGGAGUGGAGUCGGAGGAUUCCUCCUGGGAUGGAGGCCAGUCUCCAAAUGUUGGACGGGGAAGUUCUGACAGAGAAACUUGGCAUUGAUACAUGGGUUCGAGGAUUCAGCGUUUCUUCUCUCCCAUCUACUCCAUCUGAGCGAUUCUCCAUUCUCUUCAGAGAGCGGCCUAGAUGGGAUUGGAAAGAUUUACAGCCCUACAUCAGGGAUCUGAGCAUUCCGGGUCUAUCUUUGGAAGGUUUGCUGCUCAAAUACACCAGAAGAGUUCAGCCGAGCCCUGAUGCAGAGCCUGUUUUCACUGCAAGAUAAAACUCUAACCCUGCCUAGCGACUAGUGAUGCCUGUUUGGGAUGAAUCGUGGAUAUCUUUUGGAGCAUGAAAGUUAAAUGGUUGAGUGUGUUAGACCACAGUCUGAAGUCUAACCUCAGCAUUUCUUUUUUAUGAUUGUGCCAAGAAUGAAUUUAUAAUCUCAUUGUAUUUCAGAUGGGGGAAAAAGAAAGUACCAAGUUUGUAAAUUACGCAUAACCACUUUUUUCUAUGAGGCCUUUGUAAGUUGACCAAAAACAUUUUCUUGUUGACCAAAGAAUUUUGUGUUACCAGACAUAGGAAAAUGAGGAAUUCAUGAGCACUUUCCUGUAAAUACUUUCCCGAAACAAACGGUGCCUCAUCGACUUAUUGAGUCAGGUAGGACCGCCUCAAGGAUUUCUGAACGACAGGGCUGGUGGUUGAAUGAGUGGAGGAGCUGAGGCUGGGAAAGGGGGUUUAGAGAAAUCGAGACGAACAGCUCAGUGAAGCCUCAAGAACUGGCUAACGAAUAGCGAAGAGUGAUGGACUUUGCUAUCCGUUAGGGGCUUUGCAUGUCAGGGAGCCAUGGGCAAGCUCUGACGGGGCCAACAGUAGAAGUACUAUCACCUCAGUGCAAAUGAGGAAGUUGGGCACUGGUUGUUGUACUCGGCCCCCUUUUUUUUGCUAUUGAUUGGAGUUGGAGGGUCGCCUCAAGGGUGCACUAGAAAUUAUUGGCAGUGAGAACGAUUGUUGGGCUCCCAAGAAGGAAACUAGCAAUGGGAUCGAUCCUUCAUAGCUCGAAGCAAGCUCCACAGCCAAAAUUACUCACAGUUAAGCAGUGCACUGUACUCCCCAUAGAUCGACCACCUGUGUUGGUCAAUGUGAUCUAUGUUUCUGAGCACUCAUUGAUCUUUAUUAUUGUUGAGAACAUUUACGUGAAGGUCAAUGCGAUCGGUAUUAAAGGAAAUUGCUCGCCGAACUAUAAAACAAAGUAGAGUUUAGUAAUGCUAUAUUAGAGAUUGGCUAUCAACUUUUAUGCAGUUUACUUCAAUUUGAAAGGCUACUGAUAAGCAAUGAAGCUGAUGAAUCAGAGCUCUAUGCAGAGUUAGCUGCAACAUUGGUAAAUUGCUUCUUCAUCUUGAAGGACUGGCCCAUGAUCGCACUGGUUACGUAUCAGAACAGACCUAAGCACAAGGAGGAGGCCUUGAGGAAAUACCAGUAACUAGGGCAAGAAGGACGAGGUAGUUCAGGUACGUAUUAGAGUACCGGGUGCAGAAAGGAAAUGCCUUAAAAUUCUACGAGGUUGGGUUAUUCUGUAACUGUCAAGUUAGGAUUGAGACGUGAUCAUGCCUAGGCAUUGUCGUGGUUCUUAAAGGCUGUGGAGAAGGGUGAGCCUGCAUUGAGGGGAUCUCUCGGGAGAGAUAUAUGUGCGGGGAGCUGGCGUUGAGAGGAAUUAAACCAACGCUUUUGAGUGGCUGAAGGUAGUAUGUGCACUGCAGUUAUGCUCGACUUGUUAAGGGAUGGGAUAUCUACAUAUGGAAGGAUGCGGAGUUGAAAAGCUAUACAAGAAGACUGGACAAUUUCAUCUCUGUAAUGUCAUCAGUUCUCAGAAGACACUGAGAGGAACCAAAGAGAAGAGAUAUGGGGGGAGGAGCACUAUUGUCUUGCCAAAGACACCAAAAGAGGGAUUUAUUGAUGCGGGUCACGGAUGAAUUGGGUGCAAUUGCUUGGAUUUUGUGACCAGAAAAUACUCCUUUCCACAGGACUCGGGAGGGUGACUCAUGCAUUUCAUUUGCUGCAAACAGACCCAUCCAUUAAGGCAUUCCGAACAAUGGGUCGGUUCUGAAAGCUCCAGAAGUCGCUCGUAGGAUUCGCAUUUACCACUCCUUAUAGGCAUUCCUUACAAAGCCUCUUUUACUCCCGGUGUAGAGAUUGGUAAUCUCUUUAAGUGGAGCUCCUUGGAAAGCUAUUUGGAAUAAUGAGUUGGUCCAAAAGUUCCAGGAGUCGCUCUCUGCAGCUCCGUGAAUUCAAAACCUGCUUACAAAGUACAUGAUGAGCGAAGAAUAGUUGCAGAUCAGGGAAGAAGCGUUGCCAUUGUCUGCGAACAGUUUGAUUAAAAAUAUUCUCAACACUGGGACUAUUAUGAAGUUAGAUCUAAACCGAGAAAGAAUGCUAACAAACGCAAUUAUUAAGUUUGUAUUCCUUUUCAUUA